UGUAUGGAGAGGACUAUUGGCCUCUGAAGGGACUGAGCCAGUUCAGGCCAGCCUGCUGCUCUUUCUCUCCUUCUCUCCUGUUCUUUUCCCUCUCACUCUCUCUUCCUGUCCUGUCCGUUUAAGGAGAGAAACAUUGGGAAAUUCCUUCAAGCUACUUUACUUCAGGUUUCUGUGGGAUUUAAACAUGCACACUGAGGUUUUGGUACAGUCCAUGUUAGUGCCGUUGUUUCUGAUUCUGCUCUCUGCGGUGGAGGACACUUUAUUGCAAUCGGUGAGCCAGGUUGGUGGUGUGUGUAGACUGUCCACAGAGUCAUCCCUUCGCCGCUGCCGGACACCUGAUGGUAAGAUCUGCAGUGGGAGGGGACAGUGUGACUGCGGUGUCUGCAUCUGCCAGGCCACAGAUCCAGGAAAGUUUUACGGACCACGUUGCGAAUGCCACGACUGGGUCUGUGCUAUACAUAAUGGGAUAACUUGUAAUGACCGUGGCUACUGUGACUGUGGGACGUGUGAGUGUGAUGAAGGCUGGUUUGGAGAUGCUUGCCAGUUCCAGGAGGAGUGUAACCUACCCAGCAAAAAAAGCAAAGAGCUCUGCAAAAAUCCACAAGGGGUGGUGUGCUCCAACAGAGGCAUUUGCCACUGUGGUAGCUGCAUGUGUGACAAUGAGGACAACAAGGGCCUGGUAACAGGACGCUUCUGUGAGUGUGACGACAGCGAGUGUCUGGAUGAGGACACGGGAGAGGUGUGUGGAGGCCAUGGCCAGUGUUACUGUGGAAACUGCUACUGUGUUGCUGGUUGGCAUGGAGACAAAUGUGAAUUCCAGUGUGACAUCAGCCCAUGGGAAAGCAAACGGAGAUGUACAUCUCCAGAUGGCAAAAUCUGCAGCAACAGAGGAACCUGUGUGUGUGGGGAGUGCAACUGUUACGAUGUAGAUCCCUCUGGCGACUGGGGAGAUAUUCAUGGAGAAACCUGCGAAUGCGAUGAAAGGAACUGCCAUGCAACCUACGACAGAUACACAGAUGACUUCUGCUCAGGUCAUGGCCAGUGUAAUUGUGGUAGGUGUGACUGCAGGGAGGGAUGGGCAGGAAAGAAAUGUGAGCAUCCUCUAUCCUGCUCCCUGUCUCUGGAGAGCAGUGUGAAGAAGUGUCGAGGAACGUCCAAUUUGCCCUGCUUCGGACGAGGUCAGUGCCAGUGUGGACAGUGUACUUGCCACCCACCUGGGGACAGUCGUGUUCAUGGUAAAAACUGUGAGUGUGACGACCGUCAGUGUGAGGACAUCAGUGGAGAGGUCUGUGGAGGUCACGGUUACUGUUCAUGUGGACGGUGCAUCUGCGAGGAGGGCUGGUUUGGAAAGCUGUGCCAGUUCGCCAGGUCUUGUGACAUGAGCGACGCCCAGAGCAAGGAGCUAUGUGAAACCUCCGAUGGAGUCGUGUGCAGUGGGAAAGGUUCUUGUCACUGUGGUCAGUGUAUCUGCUCUCCUCAAGACUGGUGGGUGUCUGGAGAGUACUGUGAGUGUGAUGACCGAGACUGUGACAAACAUGACGGUCUCAUCUGCACAGGGAAUGGAUUGUGCAAUUGCGGCAACUGUGAGUGCUGGGAUGGCUGGACAGGGAACGCUUGUGAAAUCUGGGUUGGAGCAGAGUACUGAGGACAUCAGAACACUGGUAUAGGAACAGAGGCCUGGCUGCCUGGAGCGACCAGGACCAAGACCAAAGGCCACAACCGCUGACUGAAAAACCAGAGGAUGAGGGAGACAAGAAGAGGCCAAAACUAAACAUUAAUUUCGCAUAUCAUUAACUUCCUUUAUUGUACUGGUUACAAAUGAUUUUUAUUAAACGUGAAUGUUGCAGGUGAAAAAGAAACAACUGUGGAGGCAAACGCAUUUUUCUCUUUAAAACAUAUUACAAUGUAAACAUUUCCAACACAGCAUUAUAUAUGAUUUCUUUGUUGUAAAAUAGAAAUGCUUUCAUGCUCCGGAGAGCUACACUAAUAGGAUGCAGGUACAUGACAAAUCCAAAUGUUGGAAAGAAAAGAACAUGUAUUAUUAAGGUGACGUUUUUGGAAUAUGUGGAAUACUGUGGAGGAUAAUGUGGGUCUGUUUUUAACUGGUACUGAGUGCUGUUGUUUCCAAAUGGGAAUGAAAGUUCACUUGAAAGCUUGAGGCGGAGGUACUGUUUGAGGUUUUUAUUUCUUUUUCAUAAUAAAACAUUAAAUGUGCCGCAUGACACAACAUUUUGCAUGGAAAACAAUGCGAAGACCUUAAUCAUACAUGGUUACAAAUUUGUUAUAACAUGACAUAACUCCAAUGGGCAUACUUGCAAUGGUAUAUAUAUUUUUUGAAAAUAAAUCAUUUCAAUAGUG